CUCGGCUCACCUUACUUUCUACCACAGCAAAACAAGCAUGGAGACAUGACAAACGAUGGACGUCGCUCAUCCCACUGCGGGCUGGGAACAGCUUGGCGAGCGCUUUUACCGCAAGAUCCAGCUUUACACCCAAGUGUUUGACCAGGACCUCGAGCUCGACAACUACUUGGUCGCGGGGGCUCCCUACGGAGGCGCCAUCGCCCUCUAUCGCGAUGAGGAGAAGUUGAUCGCCUUCCAACCAACAAAGCCCUCCAAGCCUAGCAUCGACAUCUACAGCUGCGCCGGCAAGCUCCUCCGGCGCAUCAACUGGGACCAGGGUUCCAUCAAGGGUCUGGGCUGGUCCGAGGACGAGAAGCUGCUGGUCGUCACGGCCGAUGGGACCGUGCGAUGUUACUACGACCUGCAUGGCGAGUUCAACCAGUUCUCCUUGGGUAACGGUGCCGACCAGGUUGGAGUCAAGUCGUGCAGGUUCUACGACCACGGUCUUGUCGCCCUCCUGAACAACAACUCCUUGGUCUCGGUCUCGUCGUAUGACGAGCCGCGUCCCAAGCUGCUAGCUCCGCCCCCAGAGGGCCAUGUCCACGCGUGGAACAUCAUCCCGCCCGCUCACACCCUGUCUCGGUCGGUCGAGGUGCUCCUGAGCAUCAACCAGACCAUAUACGUAUCCGAUGCCGGCGAAUGCAGGGACCGCUUCUUGGAUAUCGGCCCCUUCACCCACAUCGCCGUGUCGCCGAAUGGGAAAUUCUGUUCCCUCUAUACGACGAGUGGCAAGGCACACGUCAUCACCAGCGACUUCGAGAGCCGCUUCAGCGAGCAUGACUCCAGGUCCAAGAUCCCCCCAAAGUAUUUUGAGUGGUGUGGGAAUGAUGCCGUGGUUAUUGCGUGGGAGGAUGAAGUUCACCUCGUGGGUCCGAGCGGUUCAUCGGCCAAAUUCUACUACGAUGGCGGUCGGGUACAUAUCGUCCCCGACUACGACGGAGUGAGGAUCAUUGCCAAUGAUACGUGUGAUUUUCUUCAGAAGGUUCCGGACGUCACGGAGCAAGUGUUCCGCCUCGGCGCGGACUCUCCGGCAGCCAUAUUGCUGGACGCUGUCGAGCAGCUUGAGUUGCAGUCACCAAGGGCUGAUGACAAUAUCCAGCUGAUCCGGCCGAACCUUGUCGAGGCCGUGGACACGUGCGUGAGCGCGGCCGGCCAGGAAUUCAGCGUCCACUGGCAGAAGCAGCUGCUCAAGGCCGCUUCCUUCGGCAAGUCGGUGCUCGACGUCUACAACAGCGAUGACUUUGUAGAUAUGUGCGAGACGCUACGGGUGCUGAACGCUGUCCGCUUCUUCGAGAUUGGCCUGCCUCUUUCCUAUGAGCAGUACCAACGCCUCUCCCCGUCCGGCCUAAUCUCCCGCCUGCUCAAUCGUCACCAAUACCUCUUGGCGCUCCGCAUCGCAGGCUACCUGCGGCUACCGACCGACAAGAUCUACGUUCACUGGGCCUCUGCCAAGGUCCGACUGGGCUCUGAGGACGACGAUGUCGUCUGUCGCAAGAUUGUCGAGAAGCUGUCCGGCAAGCCGGGUAUAUCCUUUGAGACGAUUGCGCGCGCUGCGUACGACGAAGGGAGGGGCCGCCUGGCCACCGAGCUCCUCAACCACGAGCCACGUGCCGGAAGGCAGGUGCCGUUGCUACUAAGCAUGGAGGAGGAUGAGCUCGCGCUGGACAAGGCCAUCGAAAGCGGGGACACAGACCUGAUCUACUUUGUCCUGCAUCAGCUCCGGCGCAAGCUGCCACUGGCCGGAUUCUUCCGUGUCAUCAACAGCCGGCCUACCGCCACCGCUUUGGUGGAGGCAUUGGCGCGCCAAGGGGAUGGGGACGGAGGCGGCGACGAUGGCGAAGACACCACACUGCUCAAAGACCUGUACUACCAAGACGACCGUCGCCUGGACGGAGCAUCUGUGUUUAUCCGCGACGCCCUGCGCCAGCCCGAGAGCCGAACGGCAAGUGACAAGCUCGCCAUCGCCGCAAAACUGCUUUCGGACAACGUCAAAGAGCAUGCGUUCGAGCUGGGCGCGCUGAAAGAAGCGACAACGCUGCUGCGGAUGCAGGAGGCAUUUGAUCGCGACUUGACCGACACCUUCACGGGACUGUCAGUCAAUCAGACCAUGUUCAAGCUCAUCCGGUUGGGGUACCACGGCAGAGCGAAGAAGAUCCAGAGCGAGUUCAAGGUGCCCGAGAAGGUGGCCUGGUGGAUUCGGCUCCAAGCCCUCGUGGCCAAGCGCGACUGGAACGAGCUUGAAGAGAUAUCCCGGCAGCGCAAAAGCCCCAUCGGCUGCCAGCCCUUCUACAACCUGAUCCUCCAAGCAGGCAAUCCGCGCCUGGCAGCGACCUUCAUACCCAAGUGCACCGGUCUCGAGCCGGGCCAGGCUGUGGUCAUGUACGAAAAAUGCGGGAUGCGCGUCAAGGCGGCCGAGGAAGCAGUCAAGAUCAGGGAUGCCGAGGCGUGGACGCGCCUGCUGGAGGCCGCGGGGCGGGGCACGGCCGAGGGAAGGGAGAUUGAGAGGUUGGGUUUGUCUGUCUUCAAGACGUGAUGUGUUGUGAACUGUGGUGUUGGGGUUUGAGAUUGCGUUUCGUCUUUUGUCUCUUGUGCUCAGUUGGGAGGCUGCAGUUGGUGUCAGCCAUACAAUACACCGAU